AAAAGGUAAAAGGUCAGAAAAAUCCAGGGAGAUUCUGGCUGCCCAGGGGAGGCACUGCUUAUUUGACUUCAGCCUGGAUGCUUUGGGGAUUGAAAGAUUCAAAAACCACCUAGGGACCCAGCUACCGAGCAAACCCAAAGCCAACUCUCCUGCAAAAAGCAACUGACACGAGGCAUGAAUUCAUCCCUGCCUCCGACUUUCCUUUUUGACCAGACUAGACUAGAGAUUCUUAACGCGAGGAGGGGGUCGAUGAACUUGAAAAAAUGACGGGACUAUUUCCGUAGGAUCGGUGGACUUUUUUAUUCGUUAAUCUGAGAAGGGACCCCGAGGCUCUUCCUGGCUGCCACAAGAAAGGCGAGGACUCCCCAAGUGUACAGGGCGGUAGGAAGUUUAAUAUUGUCGUUAAAGCUCCUCGGACUCCCCAGGAGGAAAUAGUGAUUUACCAACGCGGAGAUCAAGCCCAUAUAUAUCCCCUCUCUCCAAGUGGGCUUUAGGAAGGCGGCGGAAUGCCUUGGCGGCCUGUUCUUUGUCCUCCCUCAGGGAUUGGGUCGGGACCAAGGUCUCCUCAGCUGGGCACAUUGCCGUUGGGCAUAGAGAGGUUGGACCUGGCUAGUUAGGGAUGACUUUGUAAAGCCAUACGUAAACGCUAUGAACGAGGAAGACUCAUGGAGCGCGGGGCUUUCCUUGCAGGGUCUUACCGCCUCCAACCAAGAAGAGAAAGCAUUCUCCUGCCAUGGAAGAGGCGGACUGUCGGUUCUGGGCUGGAGAGUACGACGCAACAUCAGGCAGGGAUUAUGCUACAGAAGCUCAUGAAAAUGAUGGUGAAGGACAAAGUGCAGCCUCUCUGGAUAAGUUCUGUCCUUCCCUGAAAUGGCAGCCAUAUCAAGCUUCUUCCUGGCACAGCUUACUCAACAUUCAUUCAGAAAAACUCCCUGAUGUAGGCUACAGUGUGGUCACAGACAAAGGAUUUAAUUUCUCUGCACUAGAUGAGGCUUUUGUUUGUCAGAAGAAGAAUCAUUUCCAGAUCACCGUCCAUGUCCAGGUUUGGGGGAGUCCACAGUUUGUCCAAACCCAAAUGGGGAUAAAGCCAAUAGAAUCGUUUUACGUGAAAGCUUUUGGAGUUAAGGUAGAAGCUACCAAUCAAAUAAUUGCCAUUGAGCAGUCUCAGUCUGAUCGAAGCAAAAGGAUUUUCAAUCCUUACAAAAUUGAUCUACCAGGAGACCAAGUAACCAAAGUAACACUGGGAAGACUACAUUUUAGUGAGACGACAGCCAAUAAUAUGAGAAAGAAGGGAAAGCCCAACCCGGACCAAAGGUAUUUUAUGUUGGUGGUUGGACUCUAUGCUGCUAAUCAAAACCAGCUCUAUUUAUUGGCUGCUCACAUCUCUGAAAGGAUAAUUGUUAGGGCAUCUAACCCUGGGCAAUUUGAGAAUGACAGUGACGUAUUAUGGCAUCGAGGCCACGUCCCAGAAUCUGUUGUCUGUCAUGGCCGAGUAGGAAUUAACACAGACACUCCUGAUGAAGCCCUGGUUGUCUGUGGCAAUAUGAAAGUGAUGGGGACAGUCAUGCAUCCGUCUGACAGCCGGGCAAAACAGAAUAUCCAGGAGGUUGACACAAAUGAACAACUUCGAAGAAUAAACAGAAUGAGAAUUGUCGAAUAUGACUACAAACCAGAAUUUGCAUCAGUGAUGGGAAUCAACAGUACUCACCAAACAGGAAUGAUAGCCCAAGAGGUACAAGAGAUCUUACCCAGGGCAGUCAGAGAAGUUGGUGAUGUCACAUGUGAGAAUGGAAACAAGUUAGAGAACUUCCUCAUGGUUGAUAAGGACCAGAUCUUCCUGGAGAACGUGGGUGCCGUGAAGCAGCUCUGUAAGCUAACCAAUAACCUCGAGGAAAGGAUCGAAGAGCUGGAGAUCUGGAGCAAGAAGCUGGCCAGGCUAAAGCGUCUUAGUAGCCUGAAGUCCACAGGCAGUGGAGGGAGCUCACUCAGCAAGUUCAGCCCAACUUUGAGUGCUUCUUCUGUAAGAAGAAGAGCCGCCACUAAAACCAACAAGCUUUAUUUUUCGGGGAAUAAACAAGCCUGUCCUAACUGGAUUUUCCAGCUCUUAGUUAUUACUCUGAUUGCUGUGAUGGCAUUUUGUGCCUUGACGAUAGUCUCUCUUUACAUACUUAGUUUACGAGAUCGAGAUCGGAACCAAAAUCUUACUCCUGGCAAUGUGACAAGCCCUCUGAUGCCAGUCCUCCCUCCAUGUACCACUUCAGCAGCACCAAAUACUUCUCUCCCAGCUACAAAACCCUCCUUCAUGGGUCUCGAAAUCACUUUCUGUGAGAUAUUGCCUUGCUUUAAUACUUACUGCUGUCCUGUGAAUGAAGCCAAAGGACUUCUAAGAAGUUCUAUGGGAAAGAAGAUUAAGGAAAAUAGGAACACUGAUCAAUGGCGACCUCCAGGAGAAAUAAUCUCAGGAAGAGGUCCCCCCCAAAAUGACUGGGGAAAUGAUUGGAUUGAUACGACCAUCAGUUCCAUUCAGAUUAUGGAAAUUCAACACAAAAUUGACCAUCGUUAUUGCAGUAAAAGCCUUCAGUGUGGGUCUGGAAAUUAUAACUACAAUAUUCCCGUCAACAAGCACACACCUACCAAUGUGAAGUUUUCAUUGGAAAUCAACACAACAGAGCCACUGAUUGUCUUCCAGUGCAAAGUCAGCCUUGGAAAUAUAUGUUUCCAUAGGAAAAGGGAUGCCAAUGGGAUCUAUAGCCAGCAGGAAGUGUUCCAAGAGACAACACAGGGAUGUCAGCACAUUUGGAGUCUCCCCGUAGCCCCAUUUUCUGACAGUGUGUAUCAUUUCCGAGUAGCUGCACCGGAUCUGGCAGACUGCUCCACAGAUCCUUAUUUUGCUGGGAUCUUUUUCACCGAUUACUACUUUUAUUUUUAUCGACAUUGCAGCUAAGUUAUUGGAAUUUGGUUGGAUUCUUGCUAAAAGGGAAAAUAAGACGACGGAAUGCUAUUUGGGGGUCUUCUUUCCCUCUCUCUCUUCCCAUCUUUAUCUCUGAAAGAUCCAUCCUUGGAGGGGCUUUGGUGAAUCGAGAAACAUUAAUGAAGAGAAUAAAGUAUUUGCUGGAUCUUG